GUAAAGAAUUAGCUGGAUUGGAACUAAAAAUGUUCUUCAGUAAAACUAAAAGACUGGCCUAUGUGAACUGAUCUCUGGACUAUACACUGUUCUGCUUUGUUGCACUCUUUCUAUUUCUUUCCUUUCGUUUAUUUGCUGUGCUUUUAGAUCCUGUGAAGAUGGACAUGGAGCUGAAGAUGUUCACAGUAUUUUGGGGGGUGAUUUUAAUAGUUCAAAGUAGCUUUGAGACAAGAGUUGUUAGCGGUCAGACUGUGUGUUAUGGUGGACCAAAGCACCCAUGUUACAAGAUUGCCUAUUUCCCAGAUAUGUCAAGCAGGGUAGCCUUCAAAGAGGCCCGGAAUGCCUGUGAGAUUGAUGGUGGGGCCCUUCUAAGCAUAGAUAGUGAGGCUGAGCAGAGGCUUAUAGAAAAACUCUUACAGGACCUGACGCUGUCAGGCUCAAGGGUUUUUGAUGGAGACUUCUGGAUUGGACUGACAAGAAAUGGGGAAGGACAUGGACAUAACACUUUCACUGGCUGUCCAGACCUCUACAAGUGGACAGACGGAAGUGUCUCAGAGUUCAGAAACUGGUAUUACGAUGAGCCUUCCUGUGGCGGGGAAGCGUGUGUAGUGAUGUACCACCAGCCAACUGCACAGCAUGGACUCGGAGGUCCAUAUCUUUACCAGUGGAAUGAUGACAGAUGCAACAUGAAGCAUAACUUUAUCUGCAAGUACGAACCAGAAAGCAUCUUGGAGAAAGAAUUAGGAGACAGAGCAGAGCCAGACUAUGAAACUUCACCAACCAACACACCUGCAAAGAAUGAUCCACCCAGCAAGCCCGAGGAAGAUGCCCAACAUGUUAAUGUUUCAGGAUCCUCAGGUUUACUUCUUAUUUACGUUAUUAUUCCAACCAUACCGUUGCUGCUGUUGAUACUAGUGGCAUCAGGGACCUGCUGUUUCCAAAUGUUAAGCAAAAGCAAACCACGAACCAAAACCAACCCAGACCACUCAACACUUUGGAUUUCAAAGAGCCAGAAGAAAGACAACGGCAUGGAAGUUUAACUAGCAUAUGAUCUUGAAAACACUGUACGUUGACUUUCCUCAUCACUGCCCGGCAGCUUGGAAUUGCUUCACAUAAAAAUAAGAUUCUGGAAUAUACAGUACAGUUGAAUAAAUGCAAGCUAAGGAAAGAACUGUGAAUGCGGAGAGGAGAAACACUUGACAGUUAUGGUUCACCUGGAUAAUAGUGUAUUAUCUUGAUCAACUUCUUGUCUGAAGGGAAAAUAUCCAAAACCCUUAACAAUAGUAAACAGUUAGUUACUUGCUAGGGGGUGUGUGGGUCUGGUCAGGAUGACAUUCUAUUCUAUACUGUGUGGAUUGUAUUUGUCUCCUAAAAUGUCAAAGCUACACCUCAGUGUGUUAGGAAUGAAGAAAGCACAUAUCCGAAUAUUCUUUUAACUAAAUAUUGUUUUUUCUUUGGUACCGCAUAACAAUAAUUUCCAGAUUUCAUUUUUAUUUGCGUUUGCAAACGUUAAUUGGAAGGAAAUUAGAACUUUUUAAACUUGUUGACAUUACACAUCUUGUCAUCUACUCAAGUUAUGUUUUCUUGUAGAAUUGCUACAUCACAACUAAUGCUUGAAGGACAUGUAGUGAAAAAACAGGCAAAAACCAGACUGAAAAUGUGCUGCUCGCUUAUGUCUCUUUCACCUCUCUGAAAAAUGCUUGAGAGUCAUGUUUCCUUCUGAGCAUUUACAGAGAGAUAUAUUUAAACUGAAAUACAAGAAAAUUAAUUGUUUGAAGAUUUUCUUUUUUUUUAACCACUGAAUAAUAAAUUCUGUCCGGUGUCGUUUUCCUCA